AAGAAAAGUUAUUAUACUUCCGUUACUAUGAUUCCGACAAAGGUGCUUGUUUGUACACAUUUCUUAGCACACACACAUGUCGACAGGACAAGGACCAAUUUGCAGAUUAUUUGCAGUUAUCAGCAUAAAUGAUGGGCCGGACAGGAAACACAGAAUACGUGAAGAACAGACAGAAUCUCACAAGAAGUGCAAAUUCGUAUCACAUCCUGGAUAUCGAGAUAGACAGUAAUAUCAACGCGUGUUCCAACAAUAUUUGUGAUGUAUCUCAUAAAGAAAUUCCCCUCUACAAAUAUACAGACAUUCCAGAUUUCCUCCAGGGAAAUCCUUACGUUAUUCACGGUUACAGGGUUAUGCUUCCGUUUAGUCUGUGUUUGAAAAGUAUAUUUGUGUGGAGCAAUGAAAGUAUUAACAUCUGGUCUCACUUGUUGGGCUUCCUGAUAUUUCUACUUCUGAUGGUUUAUGAUAAUUUGAUCAUUUUACCUAGAACUGGCAGUUCUUUUUCUGAUUAUUUUGUGGUAUCACUUGGAUUACUUUGCUACCAGGUGUGCAUGUUGUGUUCUGUUGGUUUCCAUAUGUUUUGCUGUCACUCUGAGCGUGCCAGUCGUCGAUGGUUAGCUGUGGAUCUGACCGGGAUUUCUCUCGGGGUCAUAGGCUGUUACUUGCCAGCUGUUCAUUAUGCAUUUUAUUGUUUGUCAGUUUGGAGAGACGUGUAUUUUUUUAUCAUCACAAUACUCACAGUCAGUACGAUUGUGAUACAGCUCCAUCGAAAGUUCUUCUCUCAUGGCUGGUUCAGAUACAGAAUACUGAUCUAUGUGUUCCUAGCAGGCUAUGGCGUUUUACCAACCAUUCACUGGGUUUACCUUAAUGGAGGGCCGCAGGCGGAAAUAGUACAGCUUUUCAUUCCAAAAGUAAUGACCAUAUAUUGUGCAGGAGUUUUAGCCUUGGUGUUUUAUUUAAGCAAAUUUCCAGAGAGAUUUCUACCUGGUUCAUUUGAUUACAUUGGUUCUAGUCAUCAGUGGUGGCACAUCAUUGUGGUGGCAGCAUUCAUUUACUGGCAUUUUGCGGGUCAAGAAAUCUUACUCUAUCGACAAAGUCACCAGUGUCACAUCUAAUUGUUUUGUUACCAAGAUACUUUGUUAAUGAAUGUAAUAAUAAUAAAUUAUUUUAAAAAUUCAA